CGAAAUCGCAAAACAAAUUUGUUACUUUUCGGGUAAAUAUUUAGACAUGGGAUACCCGGGUUGCGAUUACCACAUGUUUUGUGAGUUUUCAUCAACGACAUGGAAUGGCCUCACAACUGCCUUAGACGGAAAUUUGCAGGUGAUAUUUUUGUAUAUGCUCGGAGUCGGUUUCAUGGAGCUAAUAUACAACUAUAAGCAGAUUUACCUUUUGUUAACCAUGGAGGAUAUUUCAGAGGUCUCCUGGCCCCAGACAAAUUGGUUUACCCUAAGCGACAAGAUGCUGCAUCACUGCUGGAUCGCUAGCAGCUUGGCAAUGGUCGCUUUGUGGAAUUAUCUACUAUAUGCCUUUCUUUGGGUCAAGCCGGAGCUCCUCUAUCGAUGGCAGGUAAUGUACGGAACCACGAUUAUAGCCGAUGUCCUGUGCUUGGCCCGUGCUCGCUGGGCGAUCCGCUUUGGCGUUUGGAUCGCCUAUUUGCUGCCCCUCUGGCAUAUCUUCUGUGUGAACAGCUUGCGGACUUACACAGAGCAGCAGGCCAUCAAUAACGACAGCACUUACUUCUACACAAGACUGUUCCACAUUCCAUCAUUCCUAUUGCAGUUGGUUCGCUGAUUCCCGCUUUUCGAUGGCUCCAUUCUCCAAAUUCCAACUUUCUUUGAUUUUGUUAAACACCCUUUGGAAAAGUACAGAAAUCAAAUUGUUCA